AUGCUCAGUCAGUUUUACGAGGUUAAAAGCUCACUCGGUAAAGCAAGAAUCGAACUGAAUCCCAUAAACGAUAUAAAAAAUGUGAAUAUACUAUCGGAUAGUGGUGGUAGCAUCUCUGAGGAAAGAAACAUCCCGAUACGUUUCGUUAUCGGCCAGGAGAAUCUAUUGCGUAGCGUCAAGAAGAUUAACAACAGCAGUGCGCGGCAAGACAAUUCCGUUACGAUUGAAACAUUACAACCAAAGAGAACAACACAUGCGGACUCGGACGCGGAUGUUUCCAAAACAGAUGAGGAAUGGCAUUUACGGAAUGUCUCUCAGCAAUGUAGCUUGGAGUACAGUUCCGAAAUGGAUACUGUCACACAGAUGACCAGUGAACGGAGCGAUCACAAUCUGCCAGAGAUCUGCGAAAGCGCGGAGGAGUGUUUCUCAAAGAGAUGUUCCAGCGAUGUGAAUGAGAUCGAAGACGUCGCGGAGGAACGCUUGUUCCUCCGAGGAGACACAGCGGGACGGUUGUAUCUUUCCAAUAGUAUGUACUGCCUACCGUUGGCGCACGAGAAACCGUUGACAAACAGCUACUGUAACUCAUUAAAUGACAUCAUGUCGCUGAAGCAGCACUACCAAUACUCGAAGCCAUCGCUUACAGAUGUACAGAAUACAACCAGUUCAAAUCUGUGCGGACAAGAUGCUUCCGAAUUCCGACGAUCGUUCGAUCGUUCGGAACGUUCGCUCUUUGAGAUAAACAGCUUGACUAGUGAUAAUCCGUGUACAUUAACGCCGCGUGUGGAAACUCCCUAUGCCUGUUCUUUAGCGAAUAUUUAUUGUAUCUCCGACAAAAGUUUAGAGGAAAACAAUCUCCGCGAGGAAUCGCAAUCGUUAGACGUAGUAGAUAAUAACGUGUUUAACGUACCAGAAUCCAAGGAUCUUUUACAGGAGAAAAAUUUUGGUUCUCUUGCUGAUAUUCCGUCAAUUAGUAAGUCCAGCUCGCAUGAUACUAAUAAUUUCAGUUUAAUCGGUGAAACGAGCACGUGUUUGGAGCCUACAAAAUCGUGUGAUAUACAGCAGUUCGAGACUAAUGAGAUCUAUUUGCAUGAACAGGUAAGCCAUUUACCUGUUAAAAAAGAAACGAGCGUUUAAUAUAUAUAAUAAUUUCACUCGCCUACUAUAACGACGUGUUUAUUUUUUUACGUAACUUCAUAUAGAUUGUGUAAUAUCUGGCAUUUCGUGUAUUCAUUUGUAUUAUAUAUAUGUAUAUGAAAUUGAUUUUUACUAAACUGUGUUCAAUACGUCUCAUAUAUUAAAACUUGUGUAUUUUUAUUAUUUAUAUCGUAUAUUUAAAAAUACGAUUAUUUAAAAAAUUUGUAUAUAAUAAAAAUUAAAUAUUCAUAUACAUACAUGAAAUAUACUUAUAUAUGGAAUAUCUUUAGCCACACAAGCUUGAUGGUUCAUUUUAACUCAAUGUAAACAUUACAUAUUAACCACAACUGUAUUUAAAGGGAUUUCAGUCUGUUAAAGAAAUUUGAUUUAAAAGAUUUGGAUAAAAAAAGAACAAAACACUAAGUGUUUAAACGCUCAAUUUUUACAAUAUUAUUCGCCAUAUAUCCAGAAUAUAUACUCUUAAAUCUAUCACAUGAAAACAUGAGUAUAAAAUUAUUUUGGCUGUGAAACAUUUUCUUUCGAUCUUAUUAAUAAUCUCAUCUUUCAAUAAUUGUCAUACUUGAGCAAUAUUUUACAGUAUUACAAUUAUUUUUUCUAAUUUUUUAUGUAUGUUUGUAUUUUUUAUGAUAUCUAAAGUUAAUACAAUAGUAGAAAAAGAGAGAUAAUACUUGCUUUGUAUAACUGCCUAAUAUAAACUGAGAAAGAUAUAUAGGAAAACAAUAUCUGUAAAUCGAAGACUGAAUAUUAAGGAAAUUAAAAUUAUGAGAGAGAUGAAUAUGAUUACCACAUCGACUUCCACAAUAUAUGUAUAUCGUAAUUAUAUGAAAAACUUUUCUUGGCUAUGAUGCCAGGUACUAUAUUGUAAAUAGUAUUUGAUUAAGUCUCUAGGAUGAAGUAGUUCGUUUAAAGUGUAGUUCAUAUGUAAGUUAAAGAGUAGCUCGAGAGAUUUUAUAUAUUUCUUUGUAAUAUUAUUAUAUAUAUUUUGACUUUUAUAUAUAUUAAUUUCUUAACAAAUUAUAAAUUUGAAUAUAUGUAUGAUUGUACAAGACCAGUUAUUCUAAUUAUACAUGUAUAUUGUACAAAA